CAUAUGAUAUGCUCAAUCUACGUGAAUUAUGGGUGCGAUUUCUUAGGUUUGCUUUGUAAUUGGGCUCUUUGUGAAGGCGCAGAUAUGCACUAAGAUCUUCGACCUUCUAUGAUUGUGGCUUUGUCGGUUAAGCUUACCGUAAUUUGCCCCUGUCACUACCUUUCUAUCCAUGACGCAGGGUGGCCUUAGAACUUCACAAGUUAAUAAAGACCGCCUCGUCCACCCUUGUAGUAGACUUCAUACCAAACCAACACCUACAAAGAAUCAGCAAUCCUAGCCAAGCAUUUGAAGCUUGCUAAUACAAACCUUGCCAUAUAAACUUACUGGUCCAUUAACUUCUACUACCACUACAACACUCGACUGAUCCACCACCCUUCUACGUCAACUCUACAUCCUCACCAUGAAGGUGUCACAACUCCUCACAUACGUCGCCAUCGCGACACAAACCAUCACCGCCGCAUCCAUACCCAACACAAACGCGCUCAGUGUCCUCUCAGAACGCGCCGACAACACACCGCUUUCCUCCGCCAUCCUCUCCCCAGAACACGCCCUCACAAAACGAAAGGGCGGCGGCGGCCGAGCAGGCGGUAGUUCCUCAGGCGGCACUUCCUCAGGCGGCAGCACUAGUUCCUCCGGCAGCGGACGCACAAGCGGCACUUCUUCCAGCGGCGGCUCAACAAGCGCAGGCUCGGGCGCAGCGCGCUCCUACGGCGGCGGCGGCUACUAUGGCGGCGGCGCGGCGGUGCCCUACAGCGCGGGAUCUCGCACACCCAAGGGCCUCCUCGCCGGCGCGCUAAUCGCGCCCGUCGUGCUUCUCGCCAUCAUGCCCGGCCUCUGGCUAUACAACACCUACCCGUACUACUACAACAACCCGUACCGCUUCAACAACCAGACACAGACCAACGCCAACAACCCCAAUGGCACAAACACCACGCUGCCCGUUAUGUGCUUGUGCCAGGAGUACAGCGUCUGUGGGUGCGACGAGAAUGACGAUCAGCAGUAUAUUAAUUCUCUGGUGGGCAAUGGGAGUUAUGCUGCGUUGAAUAAGCAGGUUGUUACGGUGUCGGAUGUUAAUGGCACGCAGACGCUUGUGCUUAAUGGUACGCUGGCUAAUGGUACUACGGCGCCGGGUGGAUCGGAUAGCGCUGGUGUGUCGCUUUCUGCGGGCAAGUACUCUGGGUACUGGGUUAUGGGGCUUGUCGUGCUCUACACUGUUCUUGCCUAAGAUGUUUUAUUCGGAGGCAGGUUGGGGUGGGACGCAUCACUUUCAUGAGUUUAUUGUUCGACAGUGUCAUGAACACUGCGACAUACUAGGCGUUCACGGGGCAAUGGGCGGCUGGGCGCACUAUUGGAUAUACCCCGAUUGUUCUUUUCUUUUUUCCUUUGCGAUGGUACAACCAUAGAUAGCGAUACCAAUCAAUACGUUGACUAAAUCUGAC